AUGGUUUAUCAGGUUUACCUCAAUUGGACUGGAAACGAAUACGAUGGUCGCGAAAUUCUCGUCUUCCCUAACAGACACUAUGCGGACGAAUUCUACAACCGAUGCGUCACGACAACAGCUGCUGGCACUGUCAAUCCGCUCAGCGAUGUCGUGAGAUACAGCCCUCAGUUCUGGACGUUCCCCGCCGCUACACCGGAAACUCGCCCUUUCUACUUCAUUGAUUCGAAUGCCAAGGACCUGAUGGCAACUACCAUGGCUGCCCGAAUUAGCGGAUACGACAACAACCAUGCUACUGGCGCCAUGCCAGUUAUUCCAAACGACGCAACAUCCAACGUGGAAUAUGUGUCAGGUGGUGCUUAUUACAUUCGCACCAAGUCAACACCCCACUUGUACUGGUUCCUUCACGAGGGAGACGAGGGAAAAAUCUCUCUUCAUACCAGGAAGGCAACCAAGUUCCGAAUCAAUCGCGACGACUCAGGAAAGACUUCACCUGCACCGGAAAAAGAUCGUCGCGUACUUGAAAGGAAAGACGAUGUCCAACUGGUUGCACUGGACUCACGUGGAUCCCACAAUGUCGGUGUCUGGAAUCAAUCUGUGUCGACUACUGUAACUUCCUUCCGGUUCACUUUCGGAAGCUUUUACAAUGGAGACUUUGGGGCUGAUUGGAAUUCCGGAGCCACCUACAGCAAAGACCCAACUCUGGCUUACAAAGUCGAGUAUGCCGGUGAAGAGUGGGAGCUUGUGAACUAG